GAGAGAGAGAGGUGGGCGAGUUUCGGCAGGCUGCACAGAGCGUGGAGCCAGUGCGGAGGUGACAGCAGAGAAUGGAGACGAGGCUCCAGCGGCGAGCUGAGACCUCUGCGGCGAGAGAAGAGAACCCAUUCGACUCUUUCCCUCUGGAACCAGCGUAUUGAAAGGAAUCGGGAGGAAUUUCACUUAUCAGGGGCAUCGGAAAGGAAUGGCUGAUCCUCUGCGGAGGACUUUACUUGCGAAACUCCGUGGGAAAAAGUCCAAGAAAGGAGAGACGCUCAGCGCUGGAUUCGGCUCUACCGCUGCUGCGAAUGUGGGCCGAGAAGGUAAAGAAAAAGUUUUGCAAAUGCAGCGUGACGCCGUCGAGGCUCACCCGGUAGUCACGCUAUCAGGGCUGGAUUACACGGCAGAGAGAAUGAGCACGUACGAGAAUUGUUUUGACGUGCCGGUGGUGCAAACCACGGGGGUUGAGUUGCUCCGGCUGAGUCCGUCAGUGGAGUUAGCCGGCUCACGUCCGCCGUUGCUCAGCAGCGGGGGCAGGGUUCGGGUUAAUGGGCAGCUCCCGGGGGCCCCACUUCAAAGAGAGGUGCCGUUUGCGGGACACGCGAUUACCGAAGCUAAUACGAGCCACUGGGAGCCCGCGUGUGAUGACACGAUCACGAUUUCAGGAGGGGUGUCCUUUGGGGAAACGCAUGCCCAGAGGAAACACCUCACCUCAGUCCCAUGGAAAUGCAGCGUAGGAGAUUCUAUUGGCUUCGGGGACAAUUCAAGUGAUAUUUAUUCUUAUGCACAAUCAGGGAACUGCACCACUUCUGAUUGUGAGCCCCUGAUCCAAGGACAUUCCCAGCAUGUGCCAAGAACUGUCAUUGCUGUAGAUGUACAUAAUCCCAACAACCAAAGUUUGGAGACAUCAAUGCUUGUGAAUCCAAUCCCUGCUCAAACAGAAGAAAACCUCUUUCGAACAAUUGAGAGCUUUGACCCUGUGUACUCAGGGGACUUCAGGGGCCCUCUGCAGAGCCCGGCCUUCUUCCCAACUGAGCUAGAUAUAUGUGACAUUAACAUGACAUCCAUGUGUGACACAAAGGUAUCACUCAAACAUCCUUUAAACAGUGAAGAUGAUGAUUACUAUGAUAACGAAAUUCUCCCUUUCUAUGAAACUCGAGCAAAAAGUGCAAGUGACAGAAGAGACGUGAUGACGCUGCCCCCGAUUGGUCAGGAUGAAGGACAAGCUGAUGAUAGUCACAGUGCCCAGGAAACAGACAGACUUAGAAACCAGCUGAAAGAGGCUUAUUAUCUCCUGAUCAAUGCUAUGAAUGACAUCAAUUUGGACCAGCAGGUAAGUGCUGGUUUAACUGAACAUCAGACCACCUCCUCCUGUAGUAGCCACUCGAGAGAUAGCUUGUGCUCGCGUUUGUCUGCCCGGAACAUGGACAGUGACUCGUGGUCCUCUGGAGGUGACCACAACCCCCAGCAGGUGUCUGACACAGAUUCCUUGCUAUUGUGUCUUGGCGGACACAUUGAUUCAAGCCUCAAAACCAGACUAAACUGUAAGAGCAUGGACAAUCUCUCUCUGGCUAAGAUAAAACCUACUUUAGUCCGCUCUGCUAGUGACGGAGACAUCGGAUAUUCAGCUGGACCGUUGCAGUGCACAAAUCCUCUUAGAACCAAUCCAAUGGUGUGCGAUGAUCAAGUGGUUUCAGAGCUAAAACCUGACCGAGACGGUGAGGAUGCUGAAGUUCUAAGAGUGGGUGAGCUUUCAAAAUCUCAGGUGGUUUACAAUGCCGCCAGCAGUGACGAGCGUUUUCAAGUAGCCGCCGGCGGGAACCUUAUUGAAAGCAGUUGUUCAGUCAACAGCCUGACUGGUUCUUCGGACAGCAACACAGAGGGAUCAGCGCCUCUCGGACAUGAUAAUAAGCAACAAUCAACUCAGGUUCCAGCACAGGGGCCACACUUAGUGAACAAGGGCCACGGUGUCACUGUCAACAAAAUGCAACAGUGGAUGCACAAAGGUCGCCUGUUGUCAUCUGAGAUGAAGCAACGCAUAGAGGGUUCAUCCUCGGCCCGUGGUGGGAGCCUAAACCAGGAGCGUCCCUCUCCUCAGAUGUGCCCUGGGGGAACAGGGGUCCAAACAGCCAGCCGAGUGGUAAAAUCUGUCAAGUCACCUGCAAGCAAGACACCACAGCAUUCAGCUCUCACUGAGAAUGUCCAAACGCAAGAGGCUGCCAGGGCCAAUGAGCUUUCAGCGUGGCGACCGCACCUCCACACCAUCACAGUUGCCAAGAAGCGCAACUGGCUGCAACAGAGCACCCUCGGAAAGAAUCAUUGCAAUAAGGAUGAGCUGCAAGGCAAGCUGGGAGCUGAGGAGGAGGCCAGCCCGGGCCAGACGCAGCUACCACCUCCGCCCAGUCCUUCUCCAGAGCAAAUGAGAAGUUCAGGGGCAUCAUCAUCACUGCCAGGCCACCUGCCUCUACCCAAGGUCAGUGUGUCGCCCCACCCCAGGAGUGUCGACCCAGCAGAAGAGAAUGAUGCAGACGACGAAGGCGAGAUUUGGUACAACCCAAUUCCUGAGGAUGAUGAGCUCGAAGCGUCCAGACAUUCUGUCUGUCUGCUUGACUACCCCCGAACUGAGCCUCAGAGGAGGCCCAGUAGAGGUCACAACGGGAGGACCCUGGAGACCAGUGGGCCAGAGUCGCUCGGUGAGAGCAGCUUAGGAGAUGGCAGUCAAGGAAAUGCUGUCCAUUCGACAGAGGCGCAACAUCCACACAGACAGAUGCUUGUGUCGAAACCUCCGGAGGAGGGAGGGCCUUCCACCAGCAAAUCUGGAGAUGUUCCUGACAUCCCAAAUUGUGUUGGAUUCUCCCCUCCUUCCAGUCCAAACCCUACAAAGAAGAGCAGCUCCAUCAACUGGUCAUUCCCAGAUAAGAUCAAAUCCCCACGCACAGUCAGGAAAAUUUCCAUGAAGAUGAAGAAGCUUCCAGAACUCAGCCGGAAACUCAGCGUUAAGGGUCAAAGCAGCAGUCACAGCAAUGGCUGUGGCCAUUUAGAGGCCAGAUCCCAUUCGCUUCGAGCUACAGGUGUGGGGACUGAGGUCCCGUCCCAAAGUUCAGGCCCUCAACGGUUGGCUGUAUCUGGUGUUGGGCUUGCCAGCCGAAAUGUGAUCUCACGCUACCACUUGGACAGCAGCGUGUCCACGCAACACAGCUUAAAUAAGAAGAAAAACAAUGGCAGCUCCAAAUCUGCCAGUAAAGGUGGAUACUUAAGCGAUGGUGAUUCACCAGAGCUGGUGGCUAAAUCUGGAAAGCACAGUUCUGUUGAGGGCAAGGGUGGUAGAUACAAGGACUCAGAAGUACCGACUGGAAGCUCAAAACUAAGUGGUACAGAUUUGGACAUAGAUGCUUUCCGCCAUUACAGUUUCACAGAGCAGCCCAAAUGUAGCCAGUACAUCUCUGGACUGAUGAGCUUGCACUUUUACGGUGCCGAGGACCUCAAACCGCCUCGCAUUGACUCUCGUGAUGUCUACUGCGCCAUCCAAGUGGACUCAGUUAAUAAAGCGCGGACGGCGCUCCUUACCUGUCGAACUGCCUUCUUGGGUAUGGACCACACCUUCAACAUCGAGCUGGAAAAUGCCCAGCAUUUGAAGCUUGUUGUGUUCAGCUGGGAGCCUACUCCGAAGCGAAAUCGUGUGUGCUGUCACGGCACAGUGGUUCUACCUGCAGUCUUUAGGGUAAUACGUUCCCACCAGCUGGCAGUCAAGCUAGAACCUCGCGGGCUGAUAUAUGUCAAGUUGAACCUGAUGGAGCAGUGGCAGAACUCCUUGGAUGGAGGACCAGAUGGCAACAGGGAGCCCCAAGUCUUUGGUGUGGAGGCGUGGCGGCUGGUGGAGAGGGAGGACACCGGACUGUCGGUGCCGCUGCUUAUCAGCAAAUGCAUCAAUGAGAUCGAGAAGCGAGGUUGCCAGGUGGUGGGGCUUUACCGACUUUGUGGUUCUGCAGCUGUAAAGAAGGAGCUACGAGAGGCGUUUGAGAGAGACAGUUACGCUGUGGAACUCUGUGAAAACACCUAUCCUGACAUCAAUGUCAUUACAGGCGUUUUAAAGGACUACCUACGAGAGCUACCCUACCCUCUGAUCACCAAGCAGCUCUACGAGGCAGUAUUGGACUCGAUGGCCACCAGACCUCUGAGGAUGGGAGCAGCAGGUUGUGAGAACGACCACGCUGACUCGGAACACACGGUCAGCCUGUUGGACAACCUUCCAGAAGUGGAGAGGAUGACAUUGCGGAAGCUUCUUGACCACCUCAAGUUGGUGGCCUCCCACCAGGAAGUGAACAAGAUGACAUGUCAGAACCUGGCAGUGUGUUUUGGCCCUGUGUUGCUCAGCCAGCGUCAGGAGGCCUCCUGUCACACCAACCGAGUCUUCAUCGACUCAGAGGAACUCGCCAGUGCACUGCACUUCAAAAAGCACAUUGAAGUCUUGCACUACUUGCUGCAGCUCUGGCCAGUUGUGGACCCUCAUCAUCAGCCCUCCUCCCCCGAAGGUCCUGACUCACUCACGGCCCCUCCCCUACGGCGGAGAAAAGAACGUCCACAGGUGUUGAACCUCACUGAAGCGGAGAUGGCGGGUGUUCUGCGACCCAAACUUGGACGCCUGGACAGCCCGAGCAACCGCUACGCGGGCGACUGGAGCGGCUGUGGCGAUAGCUACUUUCCUUCCGAGAUGCUUCUGCUCCCUCACAGCAAAGAGGAGGCCGACUACGACGAUGUGCCCUCGGAGGAUACAGACGCAGACGAGGGCCUUGAAGAGCCUGAGGAUGCAGAAGCCACCGUGCAGGAGGUUAUGAGCCUUUUGCCAGGUCCUGCCGAGCAGGUGCAGACUCUGUGCGAGUUGGCGGCGGCGGUGGAGGAGCAGCAGCAGCCAGACGAUAAAGACAAAGACGACGUUUUGGCGGAGGAUGCAAAGCAUGACGAGAGCGACAGUUCCAGAAACAGGCACCGGUCGGAGGAGGAAGUGGAGGAGAAGGAAAGUGUGUGUGAGCACAUCUUGCCUCCGCGGCUGCAGAAGGAGCAUGCGUACCAGGCUUACAUGAAGAUCCAUCAGGACAUCAGCCCUGUGCUGAGCAACAGGGUCAACCUGAGAGACCUUCAGGAGAGCAUCGACACGCUAAUAGGGAACCUCGAAAGAGAACUCAAUAAGAACAAACUUAACGUCGGGUACUAACUCCUCCCACAAGCACACGAGGAGAGAUCUCAACUAUUUGAGGUUCGUGGCAUGACGUCAUCGUCAGAACUGGGACAAAUCUUUAUAAAUGAUCACAUUUAACAGGGCACUUCUUUCCCACAGACAUUCCUUCAUGCGUUUCUUUUAUUCUCACCGUGUCCUUCGUCUUGGUGUUGCCCUUUCAGCUCCAGUUUCAUGUUCCACCUCGUUGCUUUUCUUCUUAUGAGAAGAACCCAUUGACCCCUCAGGGGUUUAAAAGGUGCCUUAAUUGUGUGAAGGUGGUUCACCGCAUGCAAAAUCCACUCUGAAACACCCUCCAUCCCCUCUGUAUGCUACGAAGACUUGGAUGCUUUUCCACUACGUUUGCUGUACAAAUUUGCAUUUCGGUGUCUGACUCCACAAAAGUAAUAUACAAUACACAGUUGCUGACAGGAUUUAGCUCACACCUCCCAUUUUAUGUCUUAGUUUCAAACGAAAACACCUCCGUGCUUCCACAUUUAUUUUUCCUGGAAUGCUUGUGCAGCAACAUUUGUCAUGGAGCACUUCCACAUCGAGGAAAGAAUUUCAAGAAGCGUCACAACUUUCAUGAAGUAGUUCUUUCCAACCAAAAUUGGCAAUUGGGUUCUUUCAAAAAAUGUGCUGAACAAACCAAUAACCAGAAGAGAAAACCCUGCCUCAUCAUUUUACCCAUUAAAGACGUGUAUUAGUAAGCCAAUCUUAUUGCCUGUCCCUUGAAUUGGUCAGAAAAGGAUUAUGGUUUCUGGUUGGGAAGCUUACCAGUCAUGAAGUGAUCCAUGCUUUGAAAACUGCACUUGCCUACGUAAACUAAGGGUGUCAAAAACAUCAGUGAAUGAAAUCUCAACAACCAAAGCCAGUAUCCAUUCAUUUCUUAUAAACAUAUUUCCCCCAAAUGCAUCCCUAAGUGGGUUGUACAGAAUAUAUAUGACACACCAUCAUUUGUAUUAUUGCCUUUUUGAGCGAACAUCAAUGACAGGAGUGUUCUGUUCUCCAACCAAGGCUUCACUGCGAUUUACACUCUGACCUGUAUCACGCUAAUGCACUUGCAAAGCAACUUGUGGUUCUCAUUGUCAUUAUAAUUCAUUCACUUUUGGUUUAGAACUUCUGUGUGUGUGUGUGUGUGUGUGUGUGUGUGUGUGUGUGUGUGUGCGUGCGUGCGUGCGUGCGUGUGUGUGUGUACUAAAUAGAGAUCAGCAUCACUUCUGGUUAAACAUAAACACACCGUAUGAGUCCAAUAAUGAAAAUACAAUACAUCAUAUAAUAAUAAAUAAUGCAAUGCGUAAAUAUAUUCCCAUGUAGUGUACAAUUGGCACAAUGUAUAGGAACUGAACAAUUGUGUUCCCGAUGGCGUUUUUGCAAUACCACCAACUUUUACAGUCGUGUGGUUUAGCUUAGAUGGAAACAUUGUUUAGUAUAGAUGACAUUAAAAAAAA